GAGGGGAGAGAAACACAGAGAGAGAGAGAGAUAAUGACAGGGAAGCAGAGGGAGGCUUUGAGACAGCGCAAGGACAGACAGUGAGCAAAGAGAAUGGGGCUUUGGAGGAUAUAGAGAUAGAGGAUAGGCCGGGGAAGACAGACAGAGGAAAAGUCAGUCAGACAGCAGGGAGAGAAUUAUCUUCAAGACAGUGGGAAUGACACUUUAAGAGAAAGAGAGUCGACCAGACGGAGUACAUCAGAGUGCACGCCUUCCAUCUCUAACUACUCCUCUUCUGUCCCGGUCCCGGCUGCUGCUGGUGUGUUAGCGAGUGCCGAGGCUCCAUGGUGUGUUUUAACCAGAAGACUGGCUUACACAGGUCAGAACUGUCUGGGAUAACAGUGAGCGCUUUUCUCUGCAUUUGUGCAUGUGUGGGAGAGUGUCGUGUGCUGGUUUCCCCAGAUGCCUCUCUCAGUGGCGGAGUCUGCAGUAAAUAUCUGAAACCCUGCCUUCCUCUUCGUCUGUGGCCAACAUGUCCCAGCUGCUCCACGUGGAGAUCCCAAACUUUGGAGCCACAGUUCUGGGCUCCCUUAAUGAGCAGCGCCUGCUGGGACACUACUGCGAUGUAUCCAUCCUGGUCAAAGGUCAGGCUUUCAAAGCCCACCGGGCCGUUUUGGCUGCCAGCAGCCUCUACUUCCGUGACCUCUUCAGCAGCUCCACCAAGAGCCAGUUUGAGUUGCCCUCCUCAGUCACACCUGCUUGCUUCGAGCAGAUCCUCACUUUCUGCUAUACAGGGAAGCUAACAAUGGCAGCUAGUGAACAGCUCGUAGUCAUGUACACAGCUGGCUACCUCCAAAUUCAGCAUAUAGUCGAAAGAGGCAUGGACCUAAUGUUCAAGGCAAGCUCGCCUCACUGUGACUCGCAAACAGCUGGGUCUUUAGAGGAAACCGGAUCCGAGCCGCAGAGUCCUUGUAACAACGGAAACGGGCUAGCGGUGGCUGCCCUUUUGGGAACCACGGGCUGGUCUCCAUCCCUACUCAUGGCGCAGCGUAAGAUUAAACUAGAAGGGGGUGAGCCGACGCCGCUGACGACGUCUUUGGCGCAGAGCAAGAUUUCGUCUUCGGAGUUGGGGAGUCGGCUGGCAAGGGCCAGUUCACUGUUCUACACGACGGCUGGUGGGACCGCCAUCCAUGGUUUGCCAUCUUACCACCUUCAAGGGGCCGGUGGGGGAGGAACAGGAGGAGGAGGAGGAGGAGGAGGAGGAGGAGGAGUUGAAAGGUCAAGUCCUGGAGCGUCCAGCCUGCCAACCACUGACAGUCCUACAUCCUACCAGAAUGAGGAUGAAGAGUUUGAGGAAGAGCCCUAUGAUGGGAUCACAGAGGAUUCCUACAGUCAUCUCUAUGGGCGUUCAGCUAACCCCUACGGGAUCCAGGACAAGCCAGAGAUGGCAGCGAUGCCCUUGGCCUUGGAGAGCCGCAACUGUGUGCUGAUCCGCAGGGACCUGGUGGCGCUGCCCGCGAGCCUCAUCAGCCAGAUAGGCUACCGCUGCCACCCUAAGCUCUACACUGAAGGGGACCCCGGGGAGAAGCUGGAGUUAGUAGCUGGUACGCAGGUGUUCAUGACUCGAGGACAGCUAAUGAAUUGUCAUCUAUGUGCUGGCAUCAAACACAAAGUCUUGCUUCGCCGUCUGCUAGCCACGUUCUUCGAUAGAAACACUUUAGCCAACAGCUGUGGGACGGGUAUCCGCUCCUCGACCAGUGACCCCAGUAGGAAACCCCUGGACAGCAGGGUCCUCAACGCUGUCAAACUCUACUGUCAAAAUUUCAACCCCAACUUCAAGGAGAGUGAAAUGAAUGUGAUUGCUGCUGACAUGUGCACAAAUGCAAGGCGCGUCCGCAAGCGAUGGCUGCCUAAGAUCAAGUCGAUGCUGCCUGAUGGCAUGGAGGUGUACCGCGCAGGAAUGGGCAUGGGUGCUGCUGUGGGUCUGGGCCUGGCACUGGCUGCCCCUCAACCAGGGGUAGCCCUCCCCUUCGAGCCUGACUUCAAGGCCCUAGACCAACGGUUGUAUCCAGAUCGCAAGGACCCUCUCAGGACUCACCCACCAAUGGCAGACAGCAGCCCCGGGUGUGGGGCAGCCGGAGCUGAGGCUGAAGGUGAAGGCGAGGGAGUCGUCCAGGAGGACCAGGAGGAAGAUGAGGAGGAUGCCGGCUUAGAAGGUGCAGACGGAUCACUGGGGGCGCCAACUUCGAUCCCAGGAGCUGAGGCAGGCAAUUGUGGCGACACGCCGCCCGAGCAGGAAGUGGAAACUUUUGGACAAGGUCUGAGGGUGAACGGACAGUGAAUGUCCCUUUUUGGGCUGCCUCUCUCGUUGUGAAAUCUGUUUAACAUCGCAUUUUCUUUGGCUUGCUCUCCUACUCUUAACAUCUCGUCCACCGCUCUUUCUUCUCCUCUGUGCUUCCUCAACGGGAAUUAUUCGGCACAAAAAGCUGCGCUCGUAAAUCUUACUGUACAGGAAUUUGUCACACAUGCAUGCGCACCCGUGUGCUCAUGUCCACGCAUACUUACUGAUAUACUUACUGAUAGUGGAAGUAGAUCAUUCAUAGAAGUAGACACAGGCAUGGCAUAGCGCAUUAGGAUAAUCAACUUUUCCUACUCCACCCUUUUCUUAGUAUAUUCGGUAUUUACUCGGUAUUUACUCAGUGUUUGGGCACCUGCAGCAACAUUACAAAGGCCUGAUAGCUGAAGAAAUGGCUGGAAUGAUUUAUAAGCAACAGCUGCUUUGCUGGCAGUUUAUGAAUUGUGGUAUGGUUCAUAAAAGUAAUCUGUUUUCUUGAAAAACCACAUCUGAAAAUAAACCGAGUAAUUUCUGCAAAAAACGAUGCUCUUUUUAAAAAAAGUGGCUUAUUUGUUGUAUGAUAAAUAUUUAAGAAUAUAUAACAAAGACUCUAUCGUAAUUAAAGGUCAUUUACUGCAUGACCAUCAUUAAACGGAAGAAUUUUCCUUUUGUGUUAAAACGCAAUGUCAUAUUUUAGGAUUAAGACACAGAAAAAUUUUUCUGUGAAAGACUUCCAGACAAUCCAACAAAUAAUCUAUUGCAUGGAGUUGGGUUUUCAUGCAUAUCUGUAUUGGAUUAGAUUGUCAAUGUGAUGCCUGUGUCUGCUCCCGACCGCCCCUCCCUCCCAACCAACCACGCACACACACACACAAAUCCACACACACAUGCGCACAUUUCUCACCUUAUGAUACUUAGCCUUCAAUAUCUGCAUCAAAGCAUAAAAAAAAUACACUGCCCAAAAAAAAAGGAAAAAAAUGAACUGUGCUUUUUAACUUUGAAAAGAAAAGAAAAUGUCCUUUUUGAUUCCAUCAAUUCUGUCUUGGAGAUAAAGAGAGAGACACGGACAAAAACAUGCACUAAAAACCAAGCUUGCAUGCAUGAAUACAAACAAUGGAUACAGAGAAUUAUUGUAAACCACAACAAAGCCACAAACCUGCAUCUAAAUAAGCAAACGGCUACGGUUGCCUCCAGAUAUGCCAUUUAAGGACUUCUUUCCCAUUUCUCACUGGGAUCUGAACUCAGUCUGACACGUGUUAGAACUGACCAGGGUGUGACGCGGGAUCAACUGUGCUUGUCACAAUACCGAUUGGAUUUUCUUUUCUAACCACGGGGCGUGCCGUCACCGCGGGUAGAGGAGAUUGAAUAUGAGGAGGAGGAGGAGGAGGAGGAAGCGCACUACACUGAGUGGUAGAAGAGAGAAGCACUGUUUCACCUUGAUGUGGUGAUGUGAUUGGCACCGAGACUACAUAGUCCUGCUUCCAUCCUGUUUUUGUUUUAAUUGUUUUCCUGGAGGGGAAAGGGGGGGGUAAAUUAUUGAAUAAAUCUCAUAAGAGCAAUUUCUGCUGGCUUAUUGCAUUUGCACUCAAACAAAAAAAAGGUUUAAUGGUGGGAAACUAAGGAGUUUGGCAAAAUGUGACUGUACUAAAGACUGAAAAUGUCCUCCACAUCACCCUGAUUGUUUGUUUGAGGAGAAGAUUGUGGGUUUGUAAAGAGAAAACUGGUCUUUCGAAGAUAAGUUUCUGUAUUUCCGAAGGGGGGCGGAGUGAAGCAAUGUCGAGCAGGGACAAAAACCUGUAUGUGUCAUACCCAUUUUCUUUUUUUUAAAUAUCUGUUCUGCUGUUCAUGCUUUCUGCCACGCAUAUAGGGACAUAGUCCAAACAACCUUGCUUUGUGUAUUGAUUUUAAGAGUUACACUGUUGUAUGUUUUUCUUUUCUUUUUGUUCUUUGUUUUCUGUGUCGAAGCAAAUUUAAUCACAAGGUCAGACCCUCAAAUUUAGUGAACCCCCAAAGUUAUUGGCAAAAUUCCUAAUACUUUUCCACUGUAAAAAUUGAUAGCAUAAGCUAACAACCAAGCAAAAAAUACAGUGUGUGUCCCAAAUAUUUGAUCUGUUUGUUUAUGCUUUAGUGCUGUGCCACCUCGAAGGUUGUAUUUACGUGUCUUGUGUCGGAUUCUUUAGGAUGGCCCUGCACAAGAAACGCAGAGUUAUAAUUGCACUAGGUAAUAAUAAUAUUAACGUUUACAGUAUCUGUCUUAUUUUUAUUUUGGAGGCAAUGCGAUCUACCAUAGAUGAAACAGGGCUGUGAUGGAAUGACCGAGAUGAUGAAUGAAUGUAAACUGACGCACUGCUAUGGGGGAGGGGUCCAAGCCGUGGUUGAAUAUGGUCAAAUACACAUAGUUCUUUUUUUCUUUUUUUUUUUACAUGACUCACUUUUUCCUCAAUUGCAUGAAGCCGGGUUAUGUUUAAGCUGAAAGCUUUAGUGAUUUUUAAACUGGUCUUCCAAGGUAGUGAACAGCAGGGAGUAUUUCCCUAAUAUAUAGAAAACUUAGUGAGGCUUUUAUUACUCUAUGGUUUAUUCUGUUUUAUUCCAACAAGCUCCUCAUUUGUUUUAGAUAUUUUGACAAUUGUAUGUCUCUAAUGUUAAAAUGACUGUUCACAAAUCUGUACAGACUUUAAGAUUUAACAAAUAAUAUCUUUAUCUUGUUUUUUAUUUUUUGAGCUUCAGUUCCUAAUGUUGCUCUUAUAAUAAAAAUAAAGAUAUUCUGUUUAUUGGAACCACUAAA